AUGUCUUCCAUCAGAAUUGCUGUCUCAGGGGGUGGUCUUGCGGGGGCAACUCUGCUCCAUGGACGUCUUAACUACCCGCAGCUGGAUGUUCAUAUCUUUGAGUCCGCUGAAUCAUUCAAUGAAGCUGGUGCGGCGAUCGGCGUGGCACGCAACGCGCUCACUGCUCUGGAUCUAAUCGGUUCCUCUGCACCAAAAUGUCUGGAACGUGCUGGAGCCAUGCCGAUGAACGGAGUCCGCUUCAUGCUCGGACAGGGCGAGGCGACCCAUGGGAAGCGUGUCGUCAGCAUUGUUCAUCGAGCUGCUUUCCUUCGAGAGCUCUUGGCAGAAAUUUCUCCGGAACGCCUGCAUUCUUCCAAGAAGCUUAAAACGAUCGAGAAGAAAGGCAGUGAAGAAUCUAUCCUGCUUCACUUCACGGAUGGAACCACUCAUGAGUGUGAUGUUUUGGUUGGUGCUGACAGCAUUCACAGCACUGUUCGGAAGUUCAUUUUGGGGGAAAAUGAUCCGGCAGCAUCGCCAAGGAAUACGGGUACGUGGACCAUUAUGGCUCUCAAACCUGCUGCACAGGCAAAGCCUAGCUUCGGUGAUGGACCCAUCGACGAAGCUCGCGAGUACUCAUGGCUUGGGGACGGUGAGUUCUUGAUGCACAAUAUGUUCAACCAAGGCCAGAUGAUCCAGCUUAUUGUUGCCGCUCACGAGGCAGGCGCUGAGGAUUCAGACCGUUGGCAACGCACCGUCAGUGUUGACGAGCUCAAGGAUCUGUACAAAGGCUUUCCUGGACACCUGAAGAAGGUCGUCGAUGAGCUUCUUUGCGAUCAGCCCGAACAACCAGCGAUCUACCUUUGGGAACACCCCCCGGCUCGUACAUAUCUGUCUGGGCCAGUCUGCAUCAUGGGCGAUGCCGCUCAUGCCACGUCUCCGUGGCAAGGAUCAGGCGGUGGAAUGACGAUUGAGGAUGCUCUGAUCCUCGCUACCGUCCUUGGCCGUGCGACAUCGCAGAGAGAGGCCUGCGCGGCCCUAGAGAUAUACGACGAGGUCCGCCGCCCUCGGACGCAGCGGAUCGUGGAAUCGAGCCGACGCACCGGGCUCAUACUGGCUGGCCGUGACGAGGCGAUAGGUCUAGACUUGGACCGGCUGAGAGGUAAUGUCCUGUCGAGAUGGGACUUCAUUGUCGACUUCGACAUUGAGAAGCAUCGCGAUAACGCAGUGGACAAGUCGAACAAAAAGCUGGAACAAAUUGCUAGCAGCGGCUAA